AUCUGCUACGAAAAUCAGCGGAAAGCCAGAUAUUCCCCUGAUGCUAACCUUCUCCUUCCUGUCACAUAGCAUUUAACUAAUUCAAUAUUUAUCGAGGAUAUGGAUGCUCCUGAGCAAGAUCGAGAUGUAUAUCUCCAAAAAUAUUCGUCUGACUUAGUCGCUGAUUUCGACCGCUCUCUCGCAUCAUUCUUAACGAAGCCGAAUGGUCAACUUCGAAGGCGUGUGCGUAACAGGGAAACUGCAAGAUUGACGUCUCAAGUCUUGGAACCAUUUCAAGAAUUACCACAGCUGCUUGAUCCACAUCUUCCUAAAUGGUUGCCAACUUUGGCAGAGGCAUAUUUAGGGUGUUUGCAAGACCGUCGCAAUUACAGGUCUUUAUCAACACGAUCACAGCUUCUACUCCCUCUUUCAAAUGCUGUGUGCCAGAUCCUCUAUUCAUUCUGCAAGAUCCGAGGAGAAAAGGUUAUUGUUAGGUUUCUGAAUGUAGAGACGAGAUAUCUAGAACUCCUCCUACUCGCCAUCGAAGACUCGGAGCGCGAAGCCGAUUCGGCCAAUACAUGGACCUGGCAUGAGAGAUAUAUCAUACUGCUGUGGUUAUCUCAGCUGUUUCUCGCCCCUUUUGAUCUUUCGACUAUUUCUUCUGGAGACGCCGAUGAUCUCGAUCGAUCUAUCGUACCUGGAUUUGAGUGGCCGUCUCGUGUUCCGGGUAUUACUUUACGAGUGCUCCCCCUGGCAAUCAAGUAUCUUGCAUCUCCGGGAAAGGAAAGGGAUGGGGCAAAAGCCCUCUUAGUCCGUGUCGCGAUGCGAAAAGACAUGCAGGAAUUAGGUAUAUUAAAUGCUCUUGUCAAAUGGGCUCUGUCGACUUUGAAUCCGUCAAAAGAUGCACCAGCUGAGUCUCCGUACUAUUACAUCGGUACUCUGUCGUUCCUAGCUGGGAUUCUCAGUGCUUCAGCGGAUACGUCCAUCAUGGAUCCGCAUCUAUCGGCAAUUUUCAAGGCUACACAGUCUAUCGACACGGAAGAAAAUGCUGCCUUCGACAUUAUCAAAGGCUCUGCGCUCGCACGGAAGAUGCUGAUAAAAGUCAUCCGUUCGGUAGUCACUCUAGUAUUGCGGAAGCGGCAACAGACUGCUUCUGAUACCGAAAUGGUAGAGAUAUCGAUCAGCUAUCUACUUGAACGAGUGGCAGAUAAUGAUACACCCGUACGGCUUGCCGCUAGCAAAGCCCUCAGCAUUAUUACGCUUAAGUUGGAACCUGAAAUGGCGUCCGAAGUCAUCGAGGCUGUUCUGGGAGCGCUCAAUCAGAAUGUUCUUUGGGUAAAGAAUAAGUCGAACCCAUCUGCACCUCCGACUAAGGACAUUACGAUGGUUGAUCCGUUGGAGUGGCAUGGCUUGAUGCUUACUCUCUCUCACCUUCUAUACCGAAGAUCACCCCCAGCCGAGAACUUAUCCGAUAUCAUCCAUGCUCUGCUAAUGGGACUUUCCUUCGAGAAGAGAAACCCAACAGGAGGUUCCAUAGGAAGCAACGUCAGAGAUGCGUCUUGCUUUGGCAUUUGGGCCCUUGCCCGCCGAUAUAGUACUUCCGAGUUGCUUCAGGUACAGACGAAAUCCGUCCUAGUCGCCAGAGGACACGAUCCUGCAGCAUCGAUACUACAAGUAAUUGCGACUGAAUUAGUUGUGACUGCUUCGCUUGAUCCCGCCGGAAAUAUCAGGCGUGGCGCGUCCGCUGCUCUCCAGGAAUUAAUCGGUCGACACCCCGACACCGUAGACAAGGGUAUUUCUGUCGUGCAAACAGUCGAUUACCACUCCGUCGCCCUGCGUUCUAGAGCGAUACAUGAGGUGGCUUUACAGGCAACCAGUUUAUCGCCGCAUUAUGGACACGCAUUUCUAGAAGCGACUCUCGGAUGGCGAGGCAUUGGGGAUAUGGAUGCAGAAUCCCGAAGAGUAGCAGCCUCUUCCUUUGGGAGUCUGACUGUAGAAGUUAUCAGAGUUGAAGCCUCCAACCCUAUGAAACGGUUUAAGGAAUCUGUCGACAUGCUCCUCACUCGGCUCCGAGGCCUCCAAGUGAGACAAGUAGAAGAGCGGCACGGACUCCUCUUGAGCCUUGCGGCCGUUCUCGACCUGCUUCCCUUGCUCGCGGGAGACACGUACUCUGAAUUCCUUCAAGAGAUACGAACAGCUGAAAUACGUACUGCUCUAAAGGAAAUCCUACAGGAUUCCAAGACUACUACCUACAGAAAACCAGAACUAGUUGCAGAGGCUACCGCUAGGUUGGUGGUAUCUGCAGCUCCGGCCCUUUUGUUGGAUGCUACACAAGGAUCACUGACGGAGUCUCGAAUCGAAAACUUGAAGUCCGGCCCCUCUAUUGUCGAUGAAGCUAACUCAACGGCUUUGGGAUCCAUGUUAGAGUUGUUAGGCAAAUUGCAGGUGGAUCGUCUGGAGCAGCUUGACGAGGUGUUGGCUAUUUUGCAGGACAACCUGAAUAUAUGGCUUGACAGGAGCGAAAGCGAAGUAGUGAAAGCCUCAUCGAAAGCGGCGUUGAUCCUUCUCCUCUUUGCCAACCGACAACGCCACAGGCAGAUCAUUGAAACAUGGGCCAAUAAAGUGCGCCACCCAGCAACAGCACGCACCAAGUAUGGUGACGGGUUCUUCCAUGCCCUAUCCCGUGCGUACCAACUUCAACAGUACCGAAAGGACGAAUCAGAGGGUGUUCUAGUAGGAAAUGUUCUCGCAGAACGAUGGAAUUCGGACAACAGAAUCGAAACUCGAGUCGCGAUACUUCAGAGCCUAAUUGAUAGAUCAAUUCUCAAAGAUAGGGCGUUAGAUUUUUUAGAUAUCAUUUCGGGAGGUCUUGAUGAUUACACUACAAACACGCGUGGUGAUAUUGGUUCUCAUGUGCGACUAGAGGCUAUCAAAGCAACUAAAACUCUAUGGGACGCGAAGACAGAUGAGGAGCAGAUUAUUGCGAUCCUCUUCCCACGCAUACUUCGGUUGGCUUCUGAGAAAUUGGAUCGAGUUCGUACUGAGGCGCACUCUGUAUUGGCUACGCUCCUAGACUCGAGGCACGCCAAGGCAUUUUCCGGGUUGUCUUCCUCUUCAAAAGACUACUUCGAUUUUCUGCUCCGUCUUUGUGAUGCGAAGCGGCUGGACCAGAAUAUAGCAAAGGCGUGGACGCUUAGCGAAGAGGAUUGCAUGUCAAUGUUAUUGGCGGGCCUGGUAACUUCAGCCGACACGGGUAACGAAGACUUGGUAAUAGUCAGCAGAGCCGCGCUCGCCGACUUUUGCGAAGAGUCAUCUGAGAAUCUAAAGCGAUUAUGUGCGGCGCUCGUUCGCAACCUCAAGCUGUACCAGGGCCAGGACCGAGUCGUGAUUCCUACGCUGGAGGUCGUGGCGUACUUAUUCCACGCCGGUCUGCUGCAGCAAUGUCCCGAGAUCAACCUGAGGCACUUGUGCGUGCUAGUACAGAAGGCGGCGUACAAGACCGGAAACGUGCGUAAGCUCGAGGCUUGCAUCAGGGUCUACGGCGCCAUUGCGGCUGUGGACAUGGAGGAUCAAGUAGCGGGGGAAAUGGCAACGAAAAGGCGCGAAGGCGUUGUUGAGGCAAAGAAGAGGCUCAGCGCCCUUAUGGCACAUCCGUGGCCUAGGGCGAGAAGCUUAGUUGUCGACGAGCUAUGGGGUUUACUGGAUGAUGAUAAGAACGCGGAGAAGACGAAAUUAUUGACUGUGGACUGGGGUAAGGCUGAGAAUUCUUACGUGAAGGAUGUAGUUGGAGAGCUUGGACUUGAGUGAUAGAUCCUAGUGAUACACAUAUAUUGAGUGUAAGACUGAUAAAUUGGAGUUGAACUCCCAUUUC